ACAAAGACCCACAAACGCCAGAGACCUCAAGUCAAGCUCUCUUUCUCUCUCUCUCUCUCUCUCUUUGCGUAAUGUAGUGACUACAACCUGCUACUUGUAUUCCUCUCCCCUCUCCACCUGCUCAUCCCCUCUUUCCUUCAUUGCCUCAGAAUUCGCAAGUCCCGGGAAACCAUCAACAAUAAUCCUUUCAAGUUUCUUCGACCUUCUAAAGAAUGGGUAGUUCUCCUAGGCUCAAAGUUUUGAUCUUUAUGAUUUGUAUUUCUGUUGUUUUGGGUUUGGAUUUUGUUGAGGGGAGAUUCGUAGUGGAGAAGAAUAGCAUAAGUAUCGUUUCUCCAUACUCUAUUCGCGCAAAGUAUGAUGCUUCCAUUGGGAAUUUCGGGGUUCCUGACUAUGGAGGCUCUUUGGUUGGCACUGUUGUGUACCCUCAAAAGGGUGCCUUUGGAUGCUCUGCUUUUGAGGGUGAUAAGCCCUUCAAGUCUAAGACUCCUCGCCCCAAUAUUCUUCUUGUUGAUCGUGGAGAAUGCUACUUUGCAUUGAAGGUCUGGAAUGGACAACAGGCUGGAGCAGCAGCUGUUUUAGUAGCUGAUACCAUUGAUGAGAAUCUGAUAACUAUGGAUUCUCCUGAUGAAAGCUCGGAUGCAGAUGGAUACAUAGAGAAGAUUGGGAUUCCAUCAGCUUUGAUUGAACAGUCCUUUGGUGAGAGCUUGAAGGCGGCUCUGAAGAAAGGAGAGGAAGUUGUGAUCAAAAUGGAUUGGACGGAGUCGAUGCCCCACCCUGAUGAGCGGGUGGAGUACGAACUGUGGACUAAUAGCAAUGAUGAGUGUGGGAUUCGUUGCGAUGAGCAGAUGAAUUUUAUUAAGAAUUUUAAGGGGCAUGCUCAGAUUCUUGAAAAGGGUGGUUAUACUAUGUUCACGCCUCACUAUAUAACAUGGUAUUGCCCUCAGGCUUUUAUUGGUAGCAGUCAAUGCAAAUCUCAGUGCAUAAACCACGGGAGAUACUGUGCACCUGAUCCAGAACAGGAUUUUGGGGAAGGGUAUGAAGGAAAGGAUGUAGUCUUUGAGAACUUGAGGCAGCUUUGUGUUCACAGGGUUGCAAAUGAGAGCGGAAACUCCUGGGUUUGGUGGGAUUACGUCACAGAUUUCCACAUCAGGUGUUCAAUGAAGAAAAAGCAGUACAGCAAAGAAUGCGCAGAAGAAGUCAUGAAAUCUCUUGACCUGCCCAUUGAGAAGAUAAAGAAGUGCAUGGGUGAUCCUGAAGCUGAUGUGGAAAAUGCAGUCCUGAAAACUGAGCAAGACCUACAGGUUGGUAGAGGUUCUCGUGGUGAUGUUACUAUCUUGCCUACAAUGGUCAUAAAUGAUGUCCAAUACAGAGGUAAACUUGAAAGGACUGCUGUAUUGAAAGCCAUAUGUGCUGGGUUUAAGGAAACAAGUGAACCUGCAAUUUGUCUUAGUGGAGAUCUUGAGACAAAUGAGUGUCUUGAUGGGAAUGGCGGGUGCUGGCAUGAUCCAAAAUCUAACAUAACAGCCUGCAAGGACACAUUUAGGGGAAGAGUAUGCGAGUGCCCAUCGAUGAAUGGUGUUCAGUACAAAGGAGAUGGAUAUACAUCAUGUGAAGCUGUUGGACCUGGAAGGUGCAUGAUAAAUAAUGGCGGUUGCUGGUCAGAGACAAAAGACAGAACAACUUUUUCUGCUUGCUCAGAAGCUCUUAUUACCGGCUGUAAAUGUCCCUAUGGCUUUAGAGGGGAUGGCCAUAAAUGUGAAGAUGUAGACGAAUGCAAGGAAGGCACGGUUUGUCAGUGUGAUGGUUGCAGCUGUAAGAACACAUGGGGUGGAUAUGACUGCAAAUGUAAAGGAGAUAAAUUGUAUAUAAUGGAGCAUGACACAUGCAUUGAAAGACACUCGUCAAAACUUGGACGGUUCCUUACUUUUGCGGUUAUAGCUGUUGCACUUGGUGCUGGAAUAGCUGGAUACAUAUUCUACAAAUACAGACUUAGGUCAUACAUGGACACAGAGAUAAUGGCUAUCAUGUCGCAGUACAUGCCUCUGGACAAUAACCAUCAGAAUCAGGUUGUCCAACACGAAACUGAGCCUUUACGAGACGCCUCAUCUGUAUGAAGAAGCGGCAUGGUUGGUUUGUUGACUAAACAGAAUGCAUCAGUGGCAUAACCUAACAGCUACACAUCCAAGACAAGCCAUACAUAUGGUACGGUGUUUUGUAGUCUCUACAUCUAAAUUCUGUCUGGUUCCACUCAAUUACUUGAGGAUACAGAUUAUAUCAAUAACCGAGCUCUCUGCUUUUGUGUAUAAAAUGUAUCCGCAGAGUAGAUGGAUGCUAAUUAUACUUGAAAUCAUCUCUAUAUACACAAAACAAUACAGGAUUGGUUUGGGGGUUAUUUUCAACA